AUGCCGGUAAAAAAUUGGAAAAAAAAAGUUUUUGAAGCAUUUAAACUUUUUUCACCUUCGAAUAAAGCUAACCAAAUUGAUGACCAAGGUUGUUGGUCAUCUUCGGAAUCCGAAAGCAGUAGCCUAUCAGUUAUCAGUAGUAGAAGUCGCCUAUCAGUCAUCAGUAAUAGAAGUCGCCUAUCAGUCAUCAGUAAUAGAAGUCGUCUAUCAGUCAUCAGUAGUAGAUCUCGACGCAGUAGUUUCAAUAGAUCAAUCAAUUCAUUCCAUGAAGAAACGGAAUUCUCUGAAUGCAGUAUAGAUUUUGCAGGUUUAUACAAGUGUCCAAAAUGUGGUAGACCAGGAUUACAACAAGAUUGGUGUAGAAAAUGUGAAUCAAGAAAAUUUAAAAAACUUCCGAAAUGGACAAGCGGUAAUGAAUAUCUUGAUAAACUUAUUAAAAGUAGAACACGUUGCGAUUAUGCCAUUCGGAUAUACGGAAUUUCUCGUGAGCCUGAGACAAAUAGCUAUAUUAUAGUUAUGCCUUAUUACCAUAAAGGUGACCUUAGAACCAUUUUACGAGAAAGAAAAACAGAUCUCACAUGGCAAGAAAAAUUCCAAAUUUUAUAUAGCCUUUCAGAUGCAUUAAAAGACAUUCAUUUAAAAGAUCACACACAUUGUAACUUACAUCCCGGCAACAUAUUUCAAGUGUCUCAAGAUUCAAGCGUACGUAUUAUUAUUGGAGAUCUUGGAAUGAAUAAGUCAGCAUACGAACAGUUGUCAAGCAUUUCAGAAAGUUCCGAUGAAGAAGUUAAUGUUCAUCCUGAAGCAAUAUAUUCAAGUAGGCCACUUAGCGGAAUCAUUACACAAGGGUAUGGGCUUGAAUCUACACUUCCCCAGGAUAGUUCACGCAAAUCUAUUGUCUUCAAAAAUUCCGAAAUUCAAGAUAUGGAUAAAAUCAAGGAAGUGAUCCCGGAAAAGAGACAUAGCAACUUGGCACUUGAAAAAGCUACGCAGCGCCUUUCGACCUCAAAUAAUGACAUCCCAACUAUUGAAAUACAUAAAUAUGAUUCAGAACCUUCGGACGAAGAGAAAGAUUGA